AUGUUCGGAGGACCUCCACCACAACUCAGCGCCGAAGAGCUCAAGGCUCAGGAAGCCGAAGCCACCCUCACCGUCCAGAGAAUCAUCGUUGGAUCUAUCCUUCUCUAUCUCUGUAAGAUAUCCUCCCUACAUCUUGGACGCUCUGGAAACGUCAGACUGACGGUUGAUGAUGCAGCACCAUUCGCGAUCGAUGCAGCAAAAAAGCUUUUUUAA